AAGUGAUAUGUAGACUCCCUCAGGAUAUGAGUGGAUUCCAAAAGGAUUUGAACAUGAAGAAAGAAUAUUACUAUAGAGAGAGUGUAUCUUUGGAAUGUGAGGCCGGGUACACUCUAGAAGGCAGUUCUCGGAGCCAGUGCCAGUUUGAUAACAGGUGGAAUCCUCCUCUGGCCAAAUGUGUAUCUGGCUUAAACAUCGGUCUCAUAGCUGGAGUUUCUGUUGGGAUAAUCAUCGCAAUUUUACUCAGCAUUGCUUUCAGUUGGAUGAUUCUGCAGUGUAAAAGACG